AUGUCUGAGCCCUCGGCUACCGCGCCCCCGGCCGACCCCGCCGCACCCAUUUCUAAGAAUGCCGAGAAGAAAAAAGCUAAGAUGAAGGAGAACGAGGCGCGCCUUGCCCUCAAGGCUGCAAAGGCCGCCAAGGCCGCUGCCACCACGCCCGCUGGCGGAGAGAAGAAGGCGAAGAAGGAGAAGGAGCAGGAGCAGGAGGUCCCGUUCGUGAACACCACGCCUAAGGGGGAGAAGAAAGACAUGUCGCAGCCCAUGCCUGCCGGCUACAACCCAAUCGCCAUCGAGGCUGCUUGGUACGACUGGUGGCAGGCCCAGGGCUUCUUCCAGCCUCAGUUAACACAGAACGGCGAAGUCAAACCUGAGGGCGUCUUCGUUAUCCCCUCGCCCCCACCAAAUGUCACCGGCAGUCUUCACAUCGGACACGCCCUGACGGUCGCGAUCCAGGACUGCUUGGUUCGAUGGAAUCGUAUGCUGGGCAAAACUACACUCUUCGUCCCCGGGUUCGACCAUGCUGGUAUCUCCACUCAGUCCGUGGUUGAGAAGCGAUUGUACAAGACCGGCGUCACGCGACACGACCUCGGACGCGAGAAGUUCGUAGAGAAGGUCUGGGAAUGGAAAGAAGACUACCAAGGUCGGAUCACCAACCAACUCCAGAGGUUGGGCGGAAGUUAUGAUUGGACUCGUGUAGCCUUCACGAUGAACGAGAGCCUCUCAAAAGCCGUCGUAGAAACCUUCUGCACCCUCCAUGAAGAGGGGAUUCUGUACCGCGCGAAUCGGCUGGUCAAUUGGUGCGUCAAGCUGAACACGACGCUGUCAAAUCUCGAGGUAGACCAGAAGCAGCUAGAGGGCCGGACCCUUCUCAACGUGCCUGGCUACGACCUGAAGGAGAAAUUCGAGUUCGGUAUCAUCGUCUCAUUUGCGUACCCCAUAGAGGGCUCAGAUGAGAAGAUCGUCGUUGCGACGACCCGUCCAGAGACCAUGCUGGGCGAUACCGCUGUAGCCGUUCACUCUCAGGAUCCCCGAUACAAGCAUCUUCAUGGCAAGUUUGUGAAGCACCCCUUCGUUGAUCGCCGGAUCCCGAUCAUCACCGACGACAUCGUCGUCGACAUGGCUUUCGGUACUGGUGCCGUCAAAAUCACCCCCGCGCAUGACCCCAACGAUUACGAGGUCGGCGCUCGCCACAAGUUGGACUUCAUCAACAUUUUGAACGACGACGGUACCUUCAACGAGAAUGCUGGCGAGAAGUUCAAGGGCAUGAAGCGCUUCCAUGCUCGCGUGGCUGUCGUACAAGCACUCAAGGACCUCGGUCUGUACGUCGAGACCAAGGACAACCCGAUGCAGAUUCCCAUUUGCAGCAAGUCCGGAGACGUCAUUGAACCCAUUCUCAAGCCACAAUGGUGGGUGAACUGCACGCCGCUGGCAGAGGAGGCCGUCAAGCGCACAAGGGCGGGCGAGCUUAACAUCGCGCCCAAGUCGUCCGAGGCUGAGUGGUAUCGUUGGCUCGAAGGUAUUCAGGACUGGUGUAUCUCGCGGCAACUGUGGUGGGGUCACAGGUGUCCUGCCUACUUCGUCAAAGUCGAGGGCCAGGAUCAGGAUCGCAACGACGGCAAGCACUGGGUGGUUGGCCGCACUCUGGAAGAAGCGAUGGCCCGCGCCGAGAAGCUUGCGGCAGGUGCGAAGUUCACUUUGGAGCAAGAUGAAGAUGUGCUCGACACCUGGUUCUCGUCCGGUCUCUGGCCAUGGUCGAUCCAGGGAUGGCCGUCAAAAACUAAGGAUCUCGAGAUGUUCUAUCCUGCUUCAUUGCUCGAGACCGGCUGGGAUAUUCUCUUCUUCUGGGUCGCCCGCAUGGUCAUCCUCGGCGUUCACUUGACCGGCAAGAUGCCGUUCUCGGAGGUCUACUGUCACGCGAUGAUCCGAGAUGCACACGGGCGCAAGAUGUCCAAGUCACUCGGGAACGUCAUUGACCCGCUCGAUGUCAUCCAGGGUCUCGACCUCGAGUCCCUCCACCAGAAGCUGUACGAGGGCAACUUGGACGAGCGCGAGAUCGUGAAGGCAAAGGCCGGCCAGAAGAAGGAUUUCCCGAAGGGCAUCCCCCAGUGCGGCACGGACGCGCUCCGCUUCGCACUCUGCGCCUACUCCGGCGGCGGGCGCGACAUCAACCUCGAGAUCCUGCGCGUGGAGGGCUACCGCAAGUUCUGCAAUAAGAUCUUCAACGCGACCAAGUUCGCGAUGCUCAAGCUCGACGAGACCUUCGUGCCUUCUCCUGCUGCCCAGCCCACUGGCAACGAGUCGCUCGUUGAGAAGUGGAUCCUCCACAAGCUCAACCUCGCGUCGGAAGAGAUCAACAAGCAGCUGACCGACCGCAAUUUCAUGAGCGCCACCAACGCUGCGUACAACUUCUGGCUGUACGAGCUCUGUGACGUGUAUAUUGAAGCGAUGAAGCCCAUGACGGAAGAGUCGGCGUCGGAGACCACCCGCAAGUCCGCACAGCAGACGCUCUACACGUGUCUCGACCACGGUCUCCGCCUCCUCCAUCCCUUCAUGCCGUAUGUCACCGAGGAGCUCUGGCAGCGCCUGCCGCGCCGCCCGAACGACCCCACGCCGUCGAUCAUGGUAUCGAAGUACCCCACUUUCGACAAAGCCUUCGAGUUCUCACAGGCGGAGCGCGACUUCGAUCUCGUGUUCUCCGCCGUUAAAGCUUCCCGUGCCCUCGCCGCCGCGUACAACGUCCAGCAGAAUCUCCAGGGUGAGAGCGCACAAUAUUCCAUCCCCAACUCGGUCGCUAACGCCACCCUUCCAGUCUUCAUGCGCGCUGAGAAGGAGGACGAGGCCGAGCUUUUCGCCUCGCAGAUCCCGACGUUCCUCGCGCUGACGAAGAACUGCAUGUCCGUCGACGUCGUGCGCGACAUCAGCGGCGUCCCCGCCGGCUGCGGCUCGGAGCUGCUGACGCCGACCAUCUUCACCCACAUCCUCGUCAGGGGCCAGGUGGACAUCGACGCCGAGGUCAACAAGGGCGAGAAGAAGCUCGCGAUCGCGAAGAUGAACCUGUCGAAGAUCCAGAAGAUCGAGGCGCAGGCGGAUUACGAGUCGACGGUGCCGGAGAGCGUCCGCCUUGCGAACGAGGAGAGGCGCAAGACGUUCGAGGCUGACAUUCAGCUCUUGGAGCACUCGAUCCAGAUGUUCACCGAGAUGAAGUAG